CAACACCAGAGCUUCCGGGCCGCGAGCACAUCCAACACUGUCCUCGCCUUCUCUCUCGUUCUGAACACAGCAGCGUCACCUAGAUGUACUCCAGUUAGCGCUGCGACCCUCCGCUCCCCGUCAGUGUCGUCUGAAAGACAGAGCCCCCCCCCCCUGUCCCGUCCCGUCCCGCCCCGUCCCGUCCGCGAGGCCGCUGCGCGCUGGCACCAUGUCGGCGGCCGUGGACUUCCAUCCUCAGAUCGCCUCCAUCAUGGAGGUGCUGGCCAACGCGGCCGUUGCGGAAAUCUGCAAAGUCGUGGACGACGGAUACGCGGUGGUCCAGCUGGAGGUGUCCCGGGGCCAGAAGGAGAACGAGGUCCUGCGGAGGAAGAUCAAACUGCUGGAGCUGCAGGUCGCCCGCUACCGAGCCGAGAGAGCGAAGGGGGCGGACGGAGCCUUCGGCUGCCGCUUCCCCGGGGUCCGCCUCCUCAGCCGGCAGAGCAAGGGCCCACUGGCCGACCCAUCUCUGCAGGGCAGGAACCGGUUUCUGAACCGAGGUCCAGGGUCUCAGCAGUGCGUGCAGAAGAGUCAGCCCAUCAACCUGGACCAGGAUCCCGACCAGGAGGUCGUCACCACCACCAAAACCGAGUCAGCAGAGCCGAAGGAGGAGGGCGGGCUGCUGAUCAUCAAGGUGGAGGGGGCGAUGGAGACCACGGGCACUGACAACGAGGCGCCACCAGACACCAGCAUCGGCACUGACAUCACUCCACUCCCCCCCGACUCAAAGGACGGCAGCGGCGGCUGGCCGGCCGGGUGCAGCAGCGUAACGGAGGGCCAGGGACGUCUGGAAAGCUCAAGCAGCCCUCAGAGCCCGGAGGAAAAGAUGCAUGAAGUGCAAGGUGACACCCCGGAGAAAUGCAGACCCCCCCCCGCCCUGCGGGACUGGCGGGAGACCGGCGAGGCUGAAGAUGUGCAGCUGCCAUCUUGUUCCACAUACGCACGAGAAGCUACGGCUCGAAACUCUUCGUUUAGCCACGCGAGAACAAACGCCGCCUCCAGCAGCAGCUUCCCAACGGUUCCGUCGUCUGGACGAGGUGGAACUGACGGAGCUGUUGAAGUGACUCCUCUUAGCAGUGCGAGGUCCCACUAUCAGCCACUGUUGUGUGUUGAGACCAACGAGCCCCAGCAGCAGCAGCAGCAGCAGCAGCAGCAGCAGCCUCGUCUCCCCCACGCCUGCACCUUCUGCUCACGCCGCUACGCCCACAAGUGCCAGCUGCUUAUCCACGAGCGCGUCCACACAGGGGAGAAGCCGUACCAGUGCAACCAGUGCGGCAAGAGCUUCGGCCAGCUGUGCAGCCUCAAGCGCCACCUCAAGGUCCACACGGGGGAGAGGCCGUUCCCCUGCCUCCACUGCGGCAAGCAGUUCUCCAACUCCACCAACCUGAAGGUCCACCAGAGCGUCCACACCGGGGAGAAGAGGUUCCACUGCUCCAAGUGUGGCAAGAACUUCUCCUUCCUCAGCAACUUGAUCAGGCACCAGGCGCUGCACUCCGCCAGAUUUAGUGCCUUCCACACCAUCCAGCCGGUGCUCCCGUGGGACAAGCUGGAGCACACAGCAGUGGAUCCCCACCUCACAUCCUGGAUCAUUGACUGCCUCACCAACCGCCCCCAGUAUGUGAGGACACGGGACUGUGUCUCUGACCCAGUGAGACUUGGCGAGGGGGUCUUCCACUGCCAACCCUGCGACAAGCCCUUUGUCCUCCCACGCCAGCUGAAAGCCCACCAGCGGGGCGCCGCCGCCGCCGCCGCGCACAUCUGCACGCACGCAGCCCAGACGGUGAUGGCGGACUGCGUCGGCUUCCAGUCGCAGAUCGCCUCGAUCGUCGAGAUCCUGGCCAACUCCGCGGUGGCGGAGAUCUGCAAGCUGGUGGACGAUGGCUACGCGGCGCUGCGCUCGCAGAUGGAGCGGGAGCGCGUCCGGAGCGCGACGGAGAACGACGCGCUGCGGCGGAGGCUGCGAGACAUGGACGUGAAGGUGAGGAGCUACGAGAGGAAGAUGAGGAGGCGCGUCCAGCUGGAGGAGAUCACCGCCGCGCAGCUCAGGCCGCCCGAAGGAACUGACGACCGCCAGCCUCCGGUGCCGCCUCUUCCUGCCGCCUCUGAAGACAAAACCUCCCGUCACACCUCAGAGCAGGACGACGGCAAAGUGCAGCCGCUGGUGAAGCAGGAGGAGGUGGAGAGAGAAGACUGCAACCUGGACCUCAAGGUGGAGGUGAACAUCAGGGCAGAGUGUGGCCUGGCUGCUGCCCUGGAGCCCAAUGAGGAGACCCCCACCAGUGAUGUUCUUGACACCAGUGUCACCAACAUCGCCCCCACCACCACCCACCCCUCUUCCUCCCCUACUGACACCACCAUGGACCUGACCUGCCGGCCUCGAGCCAAACGUAAAGCCGCCAAGCCACUGGGCAGCAGUUUGACAGGCAGCUUUGGGGGCGUCCUGGCCCCCGAGGCUGCUCGCAGGGAACUUGGAGAGGUGGUGACGGAUGGUGCUCUGAAGCCAGAGAUCCCGACGGAUGACAUUACAGAAGAAGAGCUUCAUCCCUCACAGCUGUCGGCCACUGUAGCAUCGGAUGAGCCCAGCCCCGACCGCCUCAACAGCCUGGGCCUGGACCUGGCGUGGAUGCAGGAGAGGGUCAGCCAUCUUGGUGCAGCAUACGCAGUAGCACAGCUCGGUUUGGGCAACACAGAAGCUGGACAGCCCUCCGCCUCCUUCCCCUCACAGGGAGGAGGGGACAGUUUAGAUGGCCCUCCAACUAUGCUCUUUACAGGUGGAGCUCAUGAAAUGGCUGCUUUUGCCGCCUCCUUUGACAUGGCCGCCGCCACUGUCGUAGCUGCACCACCUCCUCCACCGCCUCCUCCCUCUACGGCUCCUUCUGCCACCACCACUAGCCAAAGGCGGCCUUACAGGAGCAGCCCUGCACCUUCCAAAUACCCUGUGGCGUGCGCCAUGUGCGGCCAUCUCUUCCCCAGUGCCGCUGCCCUGGAGCGGCACCAGCGGGUGCACACGGGGGAGAGACCGUACACCUGCCCCCACUGUGGAAAGGGCUUCACCCAGCCCAACAACCUGCGGGUCCACCUCCUAAUCCACACCGGGGAGAGGCGUUAUCGAUGCACGCUGUGCGGGAAGAGUUUCAUCUCGUCCAGCCACCUGAAGAGGCACCGCACGGUCCACACGCAGGAGAAGCCCUACAGCUGCUCGCGCUGCGGACAGUCCUUCAGCCAGAUGUGUAGCGUCCGCAGACACCGGCAGCAGUCCCAGUGCGGCCUAAACGCGCUGGUUUUCCGCUGCCGGUGUGAUGGUUUGAUAAAACCAACAGCGUCUCCUUAUCUCACUAGAGGAGUUCCACGGUAUUCUCUCCCGACGGAGCAGCCGGCGAGCCGCCGAGCGCAGGGAACGAUGUCCAGCCGCCUGGCUUUCCAGACCCAGCUGGCCUCCAUCAUGGAGGUGCUGGCCAACGCCGCCGUGGCGGAGAUCUGUAAGCUGGUGGACGACGACUACGCCGUGGUGAGCCUGCAGAUGUCCCAGUGCCAGCGGGAGAACAAGGCCCUGAAGAGGAAGCUCCAUCUGCUGGAGCUGAAGAUGGCGAGGGGGAACGCCGAGAGGAGGCUCCGGGAGAGCGCCACGAACAGCAACCGGCCGAGGGUGCAGUUAAACACCGGCGACAGGCUCCGGGAGUCCGCGCGGUCCACCGGUGGUGUGUUUGAGCGACAGAUGGAAAUGGCCCUGUGGUCGAACAGAGCUGCUGCCGGGGACAUGGUUAGUCAGACGAUCCACUCUGACAACAUCCAGUGUAAGUCUCCAGAUGUGGAGCUCGUGGAGCCAGAUGCAAUGCUGGUAAAGGAGGAGAUGGUGGAAGCAAACAUGUCACAAGCCGAAGACAUGGAGGAAGAUGUGCCGCUUAUUGGAGACGAUGGAGUGCUGGAGUGCGUCCACCGAGGAGCUUCUGGACAGAGACCCAGUCUUGAAGAGCAGGACAUCCAGUCCCAUACACAGACCCAGACCCAGACCCAGGUUCAGACCUGCAGGACGAGGCCCACUGGUGCCAGAGGAGUGGAGAAGGAGGAGGAGCACGACGUGGUGCUGGUGAAGGUGGAGAACGUGGAGCCGGGGACGGGAGCUCUGAGCCAGACGGGCCUCAGCAUACAGGAGGGGCUGGUGGAGUCGAGUACAGAUGACUACAGAGGAGCGCUGCCUUUUGAUGACGCCGCACAAGCUUCCACCAAUCGGCUGUGUGACCUGCAGGAGUCUGGGGGGGGCUUCUCAGAGUCUGCAGCCCCCCGGUCGACCCCAAUGACAUCAGACGAUUCCAGCAGUGCAGUGUCAGUCCAGCUCCGGGUACCAGACACCAACACGCCGGCCAACCCCGACGCAAAACAACGGCAACCACCACCAGCCCAGAAAUCCAGUAACGGCGCCGCUCUCACCUCCGAUUACUCACUGUUCGAGCUGGAGACCUUCUUCACCCGCUGGGCCCCUGAUAAUGAGUCCGUGUCGGCCCCCGGCGGCCCCUCGUGUUCCUUCAGCGCUGACGACUCGGCAGACUGCAACCCGGAUGGAGUCACUAUCGUGGACACUGAGCCACCAGUGUCCUCAGCGGCGAGGAUGGGUGGAGGACUCUCCACUGUUCACACCCAGCCGUCUGCGUCACAAGCUCUGUCAGCAGGGACGUCUGCGCCUGCAACUCUGAGCAUGCGGGCUCCAUCCUCCCAGCGUCCGUGGAGCAGAGCAGCAACCACGAUCAGAAGUGCUCAGUCAGUGCAGCAGCAGCAGCAGCAGCACAGUGUUCACAGCACGGCUGCUGCCACGAACACCGACAGUGGUGAUAAAAUAUGUGUCUCUGGUAUCAGCUCAACCUGCAGGACCAUGAGCUCUGCGGCUCCACACUCAGCUUUACCUGUCAGGGUAUCCCCGGCAGUGUUGGCCGGCAUAGAGGCGGCCAUCGCUGCGCAGCAUCGAGCAAGCCUCCUGGCUCGCCACACCAAAAGCCAGGCUGCCGCCAUGGUGCCCGGCGAGCAACGCAGGAAAACCUACGAAUGCCGCGCCUGCGGCAAGGCUUUCUCUGGCCUGUCCAACCUGGAGGCCCACGAGAGGGUCCACACGGGCGAGAAGCCUUUCCGCUGCGACAUCUGCGGCAAGCACUUCUCCGAGGCCGGGAACCUGAAGAAGCACCAGAGAGUUCACACGGGGGAGAAACCCUUCAGCUGCGAGCAGUGUGGGAAGAGGUUCGCCUGGAUAUGCAAUCUGCGGACGCACCAGCAGUCCGCCACAGGCUGCGGACCACAGCUGAGGGGAGGGUUGGGACUGGGCUGAUCACACACAAGCGCCUGGGCAGAGAAGGACAACCAUUGCUAGUAGAAUUGAAUUCACACACACACACACACAGGGACUCUGCCUUUUUCUGGAAGCGUAUGAAUGAAUGAAUGAAUGACGAGUGAUAGAUCACGUGCCGUGUAUAGCGAUGCUGCAUGAAUGUGAAUGUGACUCAUACUGUAAAGUGCUUUGGAUGCUCUAUAAGACUAGAGCAUUACCAUUACCUCUGUAAAUCGAAAAGCCAAAAAAUACUCCUGACCACUUACCACCAUGUAGGUUAUGUUGUUUUAGAGUUUUAAAUGAGACAUAUGCUCAUAUUCAGGUUCAUAAUUUUAAUUUGGGUGACCACUUGAAAAGGUUUUCAUUCUCUAAUGUUCAGUAAACCCAUCAGUUUCCACAGACUGUCCAUUCCUGCAGCUCCUGUCUCCAGCCUCUGUCUGUCUCUGCCACAUUUUCAUGUCUGCCACUGUCGAAGGACAAAGGGAAGACUCCGGAGCAGAAGGUGAGGAUAAUGCCCCUAGUACGUUGGUCGCCAGCCGCCAUUUAAAACGACGAAUAAGAGCGGCAACCAAUCACGUAGCGAUCUCUUAGCAGCUGGUUUACCGAGGACUUUGGGCUUUUUCUCAGCAGACCUGUUACAUGCACAAAGACUUAUUUAAUCCACUGAAGGGAAGGGAGAUAUAACAUGUCUCAUUCAAACGUGUAGUUCCAGGCAGUCUGCUUCAAUUAAGUGCAGCUCGAUUUCAGCACAUGCUACAAAAUGCCGACUUAUGAACGUGCAGACAUUUGAAACUUGCCUGAAUUUCCCAAAAAACACUGUGACAUUUUAAUUUUUAAACACAUGCAAGUGUCUAACAGCUACCUGGGUGUUGGUGAGAGCACAUUAACAGUCCCAGUGGACUGUGGUUUGUUAGUGAUGUCAUUGAUUCUUAUACUAAAUGGACUAACACGUUGUCCAUCGCCCUCUAACUUGUGUAUCACUGUGAAGAGAAAUAUAUUGUAGGGAAUCAGUAACGCAAUUCACAGAUGACUGAACUGCACAGUUAUUUGCAGGACAUCAAUGCAGAGGUCUGUAGCAACAACCCUGUUCUGCCUGUUUCUGCAGAGGAUUAAAUGGAAAGAACAGAUGA